AUGACUAUUUUGGGUAUAUGCCUGACUAUAGGUUAUGUUGCCGUGGGGACUUUCGCGAUGAUUGCGUUUGGGAUUAUGAAGUGUGAGGAGGGGACACAGGAUGGAUGUGGGUUGAUCAUGCCGGUGUAUUAUCCGUAUGUGGAUACGGAUUUUGGGGUGGGGAGGUAUGCCGUGCAGGUUGUGCAGGUUAUAGGCGGGUUCGGGUGCGCCAUCUGUACGUUUGUGAUUUCGUGGAUUUAUAUUACGCAUUCGGAGUUUUUGAAUACGUAUAUGGAUCAGUUGAAGGUUAUGUUGGCGGCGAUUGCGAAGGAUCCGGAUUUUUAUCGAAGGAGGUGGAGGUUUCGGGAGUGCGUUAUGUAUCAUCAGAGGAUUUUAGAGCUAGCAAAUGAAUUAAUGCCACUUUCAUCAAAUAUCUACGUUGUGCACGUCGUCAACUCGCCAAUAAUCAUGAGUAUGAUCGUCUAUCAAUUAAUGCUAGAAUUCAAUGUUAUCUUCUUUAUGCAUUUACUUCUAUGGACAUACGCAACCAGUAUCGGUUGUGUAGUCGGCCAACGUCUCAGUGACAUGGUGAGUAAUUAUUAA